AUGACGCAGGAACAGGAAGCUCGCCUUAGCGAAUACGAACGCUCGCUUCCUGGGGAGCGACUUGAUUUAGGGGUGCCCAUGGCCACUUUAAGAACGGACCGCGAUAGCGAGGGCCUUCCUCAAGACCCCCGGGUGGCUUGGAUUUGGAUGCAGUAUAAUCGACAGAUGCUCGAGUGGGAAGUUCUUCAGGAGCUCCGCAAACGUGAUAGACAAGAGUAUCUACAGCGACAACUCGUGCAGCAGCUGAGUCUCAGGAACGGUAUGCAAGAUUCGGAAGAUGCGGUUCCGAGUAUCAGCAGCACCAUUAACGGUGACACCGGCCCAAGAGAUCGAGCGUUGGAGCGGUUGCAGACAGCUAGGUGGGCAGAGCCAGACCCAGCUCCAGUGAUAUCGACAGUCGACAUCAUACGCUUCAUUUUCAAAUCUUCCAAACCCGAGUCCUACCUGGCUUUAAUCGAGGAAUACGGAGAUCGCGAGGUAGCCCCGAGCACGGCGGCUGCAAUCCAGGAGCUGCUAAUUCGGCAGGCAGCCGGAAGGCCACUGGAUUGGGAUGUUCGCCUUGAAACGCCGGUGCGAGUCGACCGCCCUGUCCCAUGUAACUGCAAUCCGCGACGCAGUUCGGCACUGAGCAGCCCUGAGGUCACAACUCGGCCCGGUUCCGCUUCCUAUCGAUGGAGGCCUUAUUCCCGUUACCGGCCUGACACACGCAACUCCAGAGUGCUGAUUCCAACUUGCCCCUACUGCGGGGUAUACGCGACAGACAUGCCAUGGCCAACGUUUCAAGGCGUAACCUUGGAUAACCCUCUGCUGUACGACGACACUGUCGCUCCACCCGAGGUUCCAGUAACCGAUAUACCCCGUCUGCCUGCUCAGAAUCUCAAUCUUCCAAUGAUUGAAUAUGUUAGCAUGGAUCUGAAAGGGAACGUCAUCGACGAGGCAUUUGAAGCCGCAAGUGAAUAUGAGCGCAUAGGUAACUCCGGCCAAUGGCACGGACUGAUCAGGAAUCACAAAUGA